CUAUGGUAGCAAAGUGCACCCGUUUCGUUUGUCACCCCUUGCAAUUCGUGUUGUAGGCCCUAUUAAACGUACGCGUAGCGAACAUGAAUAGCCGGAAAUUAAGCAUUACAAGCGACGUGCCUGAUUAUGUGAUCACUCACUGUCAUCCUUAUUCAUGGAAGCUCGCGGUGUAGUGAGCGUCACCGUGAGCUUCGAAACCAGUGCUCUCGUAGUUGAGCAUUACCUCCUAGCUGUGCUUUUAGGCUCCUUAUGUGUCUGCAUCUUAUAAAACUGUGUGUCUUCGUGCAUGUUGUCAAUCUUGGAACUAUCUUGUUAUUGUGUUGUCUUUUACUUCCUUCGUUACAGCACUGCUAUGUUCAAAUCUCUCUGACGUUUGUAUUGAUUUGCUUAAUUUGCGGUGGGAGUAUCAUUGUGAGCCUAAAAUUUACUGUUCUCAUGCAGACUUGACUACACUUGGAAGCACAGUUGACCGCUACUGGUGGAUACAUGGCAAGAGUGGAAAUCGGGGUGCAAGCCAAUGAGGAUCACCGGGCUGUGCAUUUGAUCCCAGUGACGUGCCGUUUAGCACUCAAAAAAGAAAGCAAAAAAAAAAAUCUGUUUGUUUCGGGACAUCCAUUUGGUGCUUAGAGGUGUAUAUAAUUUUUUUAGUGUGUGUCAACGUGUUUUAUUGUUGGCUAAUUAAGUGCAGUUACCUUCGUUCAGUGCUUGUUUCUGUCUUGUUUGCAAUAUGUAAAUGGUUGGCAAGACGAUUUGUUGGUGCCUAAGAGCCCACAAGAAAGGCGUGUGUGUAGUGCAUACGGAAUGGGUUUCACACACACACACAAAAAAAAGUCCAGUGUUACCCUGUUAACGAAAUGUGACGCCAUCAAUUUAGCUAUAGUACACUUCAUGUCUUAACUCAGAUUGUGACCUAAUUUCUGUAUUUUGUCAUUAUUUCUGCAUUUGAGGCAUUGUAUUUGCUGCAGUCUUAAUGUGGUAACCUUAUUAGACUGACUAGUCAUUACAUUUUCUCUUUACAUUCUUACACAGCAUACACUUUAGCAGAGCAUAUCAUAUGUGUGCUCUGUCAUUGUCAUAGUUACUCAUUCAGUAGUCCAGUUAAAAAAAUUGUGCUACAUAAAUGUCAUAUCUGGCAACAUUCUUGCACCAUUGAGGCAAACAGUAUUGCUGUUUAUAGUGCACAGUUAUCCUUUAUUAUUUUAGAUGCAAAAUUUUUGUUGUAUAUUCAACAAUGUGGCAAAAAUUUGUCUGGUCAGAUGACAUAGUGAAGAUGAAGUUGAAGUCACUUCUCAGAGCUCAUUGGGGGUUCUUGAGCAAGCUAGCCAUACAGGUUGUAAAACAUAUACACAUUUUUCAUCAUUGAUCUAGACAUUGACUGCAGCAUUGUUUUCAUCAUGUUGCAUAUUUACAACAGCAGGCUAAAUAUGUACUAAAUUACGUAUAAAAAGAAUGCUUUUCGCUUGCAUAUUUCAAUUCUGAACUAGAGUAUUAUGAUAUAAAUGAGAAGUACAACAAAGUAGCUAAUUUUCAUUUGUGGAUGAAAUGAUUGCAAGGCUGUAAAUGUUUUGCUGCAUAAGUACAGCCAGCAGGUAUGCAACAUGUCAAAAAAAGGACAGAUUGUGUGAGGGCAAGGCUGGACUGUCGAAGUGUAUUAAAUUCUAUUAGGAAAAUAUAAGCACAUGUAAAUAAAUGGCUAGGGUACCUUUUUUCACUGUUUUUCACUAAUGUCUGACUAUAGAACCUUGUCAUAUUCAUUUAUUAAUUCUUAAACUACAAAAUUAUACGUAAGUAUUGCUCAAAUUCAGAGCUCGUUUUUAUUUAUAAAUAAAAAAAAUCAGAAGGCAGUUUUCAUGGGGAAUGUUGGGGGUAAUGCUUCUAAUACUUAUUUAGUAUUCAGCUCUAACCAAGCAAAAGGGUGAAAAUUGCCCUUAUAACCAUAAGUUAGAAUGAGCAUCAGUUCAAACCAGCUACUCCACAUACCAUAUUCUACAGCAUAAGCUCAAAGUUUCAUGUUCACUUAGCCCUUUUCCUUGUUUUACACCUUCAACCAAGUAAUUUUUCCCAUGCAGGAGAUUCUACCUCUAACAUUAGCUUGUUUCACAAGCUCUGACCAUUGCAUUAUAAGAGUUUGUUGUGUUUUUACCACAGUGUGUGUGAUUUUUUUCUUCUAAUGUGCAAUGUGACAUGCCUUCAACAUCAAGGUCUUAUUAGGCUAGAAUUACACCUGUAUGCCUAAUGUCUGUGUAUGUCAAUAGGUUCCAUAUGGUAAGCACCAACAGAAGCACUUACAGAUUGAGUUGCAACUUUUACUUCCUUUAAAUGAUAAACUUUGGUCAUCUUUCCAACACAGUGACACCACUGAAAGGCCACGCUGGACAUCAGUUCGAAGAUCUCACUAAAUCAUUCAAUUAGUAGUAGUGACGGAUGGUGCGUACGAAUGCCAGGGACGUAAUCUGUGUGAGCUUAUGACUCGCACUUACUGAGAAUUCCUCAUUCAAGGAGAACAGUUACAAGCCAAAAGAAGUUUCAUGGGUUACCCAGUCUUUUCAGACAGGGAUGAAGACGCGCUGCUUCCUACAAGGUAGCACAUGUGCAGUCUUGGGCAUCUGAGGGCAUCGCAGACCUCUUGUUGCUCUGUUUCGUGCGGCUAGAAUCUAUUUGUCCCUCUAAGAAGGUUGUAAGGUGCUGGGAACUUCGCACCUAUUUAACAGGCCAGAGUCUCAUUUGUUAUUGAAAUUAACCAGACAAAUCACUCCAGUAACUAAGAACGGCCAGGUACCACCAUCCACCGAAUCAAGAAAGAACUCUCAAUCUGUCAGUCUUCUGGUAUAGUAAGAUUCGGUCACGUAUGCUGUCAAGAGUAUUGUUUGUCACUCAACUGCUUGAUCAUACCGUGUAUGAAGAAUGGUUCAAACUAAUAGGGCAGCAAAGAUAAAGGUAACGGCAAGCGGCACAACAGGAGUGCUUACUGCACUUGUGUUCUGUUGCUUGCCUUUGUUUUUGCUGCGCUGUUCGUUUUAACAAAUAACCAGUACCAAGUUGCCAGUUUUUAUGUCCUGUCAAUGCUUGUGUUGUGUCGCUUACCUUUAUCUUGGUCUUUGCUACACUGUUAAUUUUAACCGUGAACUAGCACCAACGCACCCAGUUUUCUGUCCAGUCGGCACUUGUGUCACUCGUCUUGUCUUCCUCUUCACUGCGCUCAUAAGUUUUAUCCAUGAACCAGUACCAACUUGCGCAGUUUUCUCUCUUCUUCAGAUAAGAAUUUGUGAAAACUGAUAUUAAACUCUCAUUGGCUCCACAGGUGGCAACAGGAAACCAUCAAACUUUACUCAUGGCUCAGUGAAAUCUGCAUGCUGCCAUGUGCAUAGUCUUUUUAUGCACGUCAUAUUUGUAUCGCUGCUUUGAAAGUCAGAAAUAGCUCUGAAUGGGUGCCUGUUAUUGUAUAGUGUCUUUUGCUUUUGACCACCUUCACAGUGAAGUACUUUUUCUUUAUUUUAAUUGUUUUCAACAUAUAAGUUGCUGUUUCCAAUGUUCGAACUGUUCAAAACUGUCUUGUUGGAAACCCUUUAGUAGUUCUUUAAUUGCUGGCACUUAGUAACUCAGGAAGCACAUUAAGACUUUGUAUCUAACUCAAAACAGUAGGACAGUCCACCUACCUCAUGACAAAAAAACACAACCACAAUCUGCCAGAGGCUUUCUGAAUUAUUAGCUGACGUGUUUAUCUACUGAUAAAAGGAUGCACAAGUUUCAUGUACGCAAUGCCUACAACUAGGCAAUGCCUACAACAACCCAAUGCACAAGAUUGCAGAUGUGCAGCACUUCACAAAUAAAAUAAUCUGAAAGUGUGUUGCUCAGACUUUGCAAAACGUCUGAUUCAAAAUUUCUCAAAAUUUUAGGGAGGCAUGUACAGUUAACUACAAAGCAUGAUUGAUGUGUACAAACACUACAGGUAACUUAUGUUGCUUUCUUGUGCAAUCUUCAGAUACCAUGUGUGCCACUGUAUUCCACUAAUUGUUUCUGACAGCAAAUUGCACCAAAAUCCAUAAAUUAGUUGUGCCCAUGUUUUUAGCUCUCAUAAACGAGUACAAUGUGGACCACUUGCUUUCAUGGAUUGGUUUUAAUAGCCUGUAAAGCAAUUCUCUGUUUUAUAUAUGCACCAUCGGAACAAUAAUUGGUUAUGUUGCAUGAUGGAAAAACUGCUCAUUGCUUGCUUGCUUGCUUCCUUUCUUUUUUUUAAAGGUGAAUGGAGGAAAAGGUGGGCAGCCUUUCAUGAUGCUGUUAUCAACAAUUUUUUUUUUUAUGUGCUGGUGAUAGGGACAGUUUCCAUAUUAUUUUGUUAACUGUAGCACUUAUGCUAGCUUGCUUUCACUUAUGUCAACUUGCUUUCAGAUACAAGUACUUAAGUGCAUUGUAUAUUCAAGAGGGAAUGACAUUUUAGAUCACUGCUAGUGUUUUUGGGAGGUAUCGCAGUGCCUGUCAUGUAUUUGUAUUUAGCAGCUUGCUGGGUCGGGUGGAACUCUAUUACUGUGCCGACACAAUCCAACACCUCAGCGCUACAAAAGAAGCACCAUGUUGGUAGAGCUGGGCGACCUGUGACUGCACCAUGCCCCUACUGUUUCGCCCAUCUGAGUGUCAAAUCCCUGUCGAGGCACAAGAAGGACAUGCAUGGAAGCCAGAAGAAAGUGCACAAGUGCUCAAUGUGCGACGCAAAGUUGACACGGCUUGACAAUCUUCGGCGGCACAUGAUGCUUCGUCACCGUUACCAGAAAACACACUGACACCACUCAGAAUAUGACUGGCAGUGACCAUUCUCACCCAGUCAAGGAAACCUCAGUUUCAAGAUCCCUGCUUAAUGAUCAUUUAUGCCAUGCUCCUGUGCCAGUUUGAAUUGAAUGAUAACAGUGAUGCAGACAUGCUGCAGUGAGAAAACAAACACUGCAGCAAGGAGACACUUUGAAAGUUCCGAGCUUUACAUCAAAGUACUAUAAUGCUUGAAUUGCUUUUGUUCCGCAGUCAAGCGAAAACCUGCAGGUAAAGCUUGAUUUUAACUGCCAUUUUACAGCUAUCCUUACCUCCCUUUAUAAAAAGGGAGGGAGAUAGAGUGCAAAUCAUAAUUUCUCCUUUUUCUUAUGCUGUGUCCAUGAAAUCACGACAUCUACAUGCUUAGUAGCACCACCUUUCAUCAAAAUGAUUCUUAGGUGGUGUCAUGAAUACAAGAACUAUGUGAAACAAAUGCUUCUUUUUAUGCUUUCUUUAUUUUCUUGUAUGUUGUUGGAAGCUUUUCCAGUAUGCAUGUUUUUUAUGUCGGGCAGCACUUCUUUAUUACAUUAUGCACCAUAUUUUGGUCCCUGUGGUGUAGCUAGCCUGGUUUUUAUGUAGCGUUAGUUGUGUCGAUAACAAAAAUCACUGCAAGCAAAGUGCAGUGGAGUACAUUUGUAUAUUGUGAUGAUAAUGUGCAGCCACCUUGACCAGUGGUAAGAGAGCCUAUGUACUUGGGGUGCCAUUCUGGACAUUGUCAAAUUUGGUAGUGGUGGUAUUUUGAGCCUACCAGAUUGGUUGUCGCAGCCCUAUGGGCCAGUCAGAGCUGACAAGAUGGCAAAUUUGACAAGAAUAGCACUCUUGGUCUCAUCUUGUCAUUAGCGAUGACAAAUCUCUCUAGACUCUGUUGUACUAUUUUGCGUAUAGAAAAAUCAGCUGAGUAUUUAUCUUUAGCACAAUGCGUUGGCGGGCUAGUUGGUGCGAAUCCAUGAAUACUUUGUUUAGUGCAAAACGACAGAGACAAGAAAGACGACAGGACAAGGCGCUACUCUCAACUGACAUCAUUUUAUCGCGUCACUCCUUUAUAGACCGCUCAAACCAGAGGAACAUGCGUAGUGAGCACCAUGCGAUGGAGCCACCAACAUCCGAUCCCAAGAGCACACUCAUGCGACAGAAUCCAAAAUACCAAAUUCAGCGUUGUACAAGGUUAAGGAAGGCACACUAAUGCACUGUGACCCCAAUGACUGAAUGAAAAAUGCUUCCGAUAACUCUCGGGCGGUGAUGUCACGGCUCUUUUUCAAAAUUGUGGUAUCACGAAACAUGGGUUUGCACUUGCAUGUUUUACAAUGCUGAGCCAAAUGGGAACCUGUGCCUGUUGGUAUGGAUCGCUCAUGUUCUCAAAGGCACAAACAGGAUGUGCCUUUCCGUACAAUAGUCAGUGAAAACAACUGUUGGCAGGUUUUGGUUAGCCGCUUUUUGCAAAAACAGUUGAAGCAUUUAACUAUUGACGAUCCUUAUGGCAUAAAGGAUUCUUUCGAUGUUGUUUCCUUUCUGGAAGACAACCAUUCAGUAGCCGACAUUUUUUCUGUUGACGUCGAAGAUCUUUACUAUUCAAUACCGCAUGAUGAGCUAUUUCGCAGUGUGAUGACGUGCGUCGAAGAAAGUGGCGAGGUAGAUUUUCACAAUGUGACCGGGUUGUCUUCGGAAAGUUUCAUAUCCCUUCUUGAAUUUUAUUUAAGUGCAACUUUUAUCCGGUUUGAAAACAACCUUUUUAUCCAGAAAAAUGGUGUGUGUAUUGGUUCAUGUGUGGCGCCUGCUCCUUGUAAUAUCUUUUUAUCGUUUGUCGACCGCGCUCUUAAGAGUGCCUUAAACAAUGACUCGGUUCAAAUUUUUAGAUAUGUUGACGAUUUUCUUGUUGUGAUAAAACAGACUAACAAUGACUGCUCCGUGACGGUAGCUGAUAUUUUAACUCUGUUCAAUGACAAUGGCAAAGGUUUAACUUUCACACAUGAGCUAUCUAGGGACGGUAAACUCCAGUUUUUAGAUUUGCAGCUAUCCUUACAAACAGGCCACGCCUGUUGGAUGUAUUCGCCACGUACACGUAAGGAACUUUUACUUUACACGUCUGCGCACUCAAAGACUGUGAAACGCGCCAUUGCUUUGAUGUGUUUAGAAUCUUCCUUAAUGAAAUCUUGUCAUCACUGUGCGAACAUGAGUUUCAUUGCUCAGUUAAAUAGGCUGCAGGCUGCUGGUUACCCAAGUGUGGUGGUGACGUCAGUCUCGGAGGUAUUGCUUCAGAAACUGAAAGGGAAGCGGCACAAAAGAAACCGCAUCACACAAAAGAAGAGGCCUGAAGUUGUGCCAUAUUGCCACAGAGUGGCUCACAAUCUAAAGAAUGUCGCCACUAGAUACCAAAUUCCGGUAGUGUUUUCCGCUCCUCAGAAACUGUCAAUGUUGUGCAGCCGUAUUUCUAAAACAAGUAAAAAACCUGAUUGUGAAAAGAACCACGUGAAGUUUGUAGAUUGCAGAGUCGGUGUGGUUUAUAAGAUUCCCUUGUCAUGUGGCAAAGUGUAUGUAGGGCAGUCAGGCCGCUGUGUUAACGAGCGCCUUAGAGAACAUGAGCGAUCCAUACCAACAGGCACAGGUUCCCAUUUGGCUCAGCAUUGUAAAACAUGCAAGUGCAAACCCAUGUUUCGUGAUACCACGAUUUUGAAAAAGAGCCGUGACACCACCGCCCGAGAGUUAUCGGAAGCAUUUUUCAUUCAGUCAUUGGGGUCACAGUGCAUUAGUGUGCCUUCCUUAACCUUGUACAGCGCUGAAUUUGGUAUUUUGGAUUCUGUCGCAUGAGUGCGCUCUUGGGAUCGGAUGUUGGUGGCUCCAUCGCAUGGUGCUCACUGCGCAUGUUCCUCUGGUUUGAGCGGUCUAUAAAGGAGUGACGCGAUAAAAUGAUGUCAGUUGAGAGUAGCGCCUUGUCCUGUCGUCUUUCUUGUCUCUGCCGUUUUGCGCUAAACAAAGUAUUUAUCUUUAGCUUGAUUAAGUGGUGCUUGCAAAUGGGUUUUAUUGAAACCCAUGGAAGCUCUUGAAUAUUAAGAUUUUCAACUCCUAGAAGGCCAUAGAUAUUUUACUUGCAACGUCCUAUACUUCUCAAAACAAAGCCCUUUGAAUUAAAUUUUAAAAAAAAGCAAGAACGGGACACAUGGUAGCAGUGCAGUGACUGCUUCAAGGAUUUUCACUUGAUCCAAAUGACUGAAUUACUUGCAUCUGCUCAACAUGCAAGCAACAACCAAUGGGUGCAGCCAAUAUGUGGUAUAAUCAUAACCCAUUUCAGUGCUCGUAGCUCAGUGACUGCAUUACUACAGAAAGCUCAUCUUUUUGAACAGAGGUUGAAAAAAAUCAGAAUAUUUUUUUACGCCACUAGAUGACAGAUCCAUAUUUCCCAAGCUUCGGAAGGUAAUGAAAGUACUUCUCAUCCUCAGCCAUGGCCAAGCAUGCACAGAGAGAAAAAGAUCAUUGUGGACCAUUGCAUAUUUAGUAAAUCUCACAAGGACAUUUUGUAUGUAUAUAUUGAUGUGCAUUAAAUUUAGCAAGGUAAAGGAUAUGUUCAGUAUGCACAUAACAGAGAAGCCAAGGAUUGCCCUAUCAUCUUCCAGGUGCUAGUGCGACAUAUACGUGCAAGUAAAGAUGAAGGGACAGCAUGCAGAUAGAGACAGUCAGAAAAAUGCUGCAUUAGCUGGACAUCAAAAACAUAAAGUAGCGUAUUGAAUUGGGCAGGUUGGUACAUUUCAGAACUUGACGAUAACACCGCCAAACAUGAAAAGCAUGAAACUGGAAUUAAAUGGUUGCAGAUGCAAUGCUUAAGUUGAAGUAUUUUGAUGAUAAUGCACACUGUCAGAUGGCAAAAAGCAAGAGUAAAUCAUUUCUGAGUGUCAACCAGGAACUGAUAGCAAUAAGCAUAGGAAAUUUAGUUUUCACUAUUUAUAAAAACUGCUACCUGCAGAACCGUCUCAGGUCUUUAAAAAAAUCUUGCCUCAAAUUUACCACAUUUUCUGCCUGUUACCUGCACAAAAAUUAAAGAUGUUUGAAUAUAAAAUUUGGGUUUGGGCUAAACGUGAACAUUGACUUGUGAUAGAGUUUCACAGCAUUGCCGUCACUGCUGCAAAGCUCAUGGUGCUGCACCAUGAUUUGGCAGAGACCAUCGGUGAGAGACCAUUGACUGGACGUACAAAAUUGUUUCUGGAGUUUUACUCUUUGUCGAUAAUUGUGUGAGGUUGUUAGUAUAUAUUUUUGAGCAUCGUUGUGUGCAGUUUUUGCAAAGUUGAUAGGCAUUUUUCUUUUUUAAAGAUUGCAAUGGGGGUGGGGUGGUGUGUCAGGUUAUACAUGUGAAAAUGAGGAACUUUAUUUAUUUCUUAGAAAACUGUGUAGGUCCUAUGCAUUGUAUAAAGAACAGGGUAGGUAUGGCACUCGGCACUGGCUGUAACAAGUUCAUCGUCAAUUGCCAUAAUGCACUGCAUGUACGAAAGACUUUUGACUUCUUAGCACCAUACGCUUCAUCAUACUUAUAUUGAAGCACCUUGUCCACUUGCCAUCGAACAUCACUGUUGAGUGGCCCCUUUUAAAUAAAAAAUUAAAUACCAUAGCCAUCAUAACAUUAUUUUCUCUCUGUAAAAAGUGAACUGUUGGAGCACAGCCAUUUAACUUUAGAAUUAAUCUGGUCCAACAAAUUAACAAAGAUUAAAAUGCAAUAACCCCUAGCGAUCAUGAGCAUUUACCCACUUAGCAGUCAUUCCGGCCAUAAACUAUUUUGUGCAUUUGUGGAAGCCAUAGAGAAAAAGUACUUGUCUGAAGAAGUGCAUAGUAAUGAUUUAUUUCAGAAGAAACUUCCUUGAUUCCUAAGCUUUUGAACAGCAUAGUCUCCAGCCAGUAUCAUUGUGGAUUAUCACCACAGGAAACAUCUUCUCUAGGGUCCUCAUCAUCACUUUAUUUUUCAGUGCUCUCAUUCAGGGAUGUUGGCUGGUCAUCUGAAGAUCGAAUAUAUUCCUCCUUGGCACUAAAAUAAUAUUCAGAUUCAAUAAACUCGUGCAAGUUCUCUUCAUAAAACAUACAUAGAGAAAGCUGCCCAUCCUCUCAGUGCUUCGCGAAAAACAAUAUUGUACGAAUUCUUUCAAGUAUGCUGCUAAACAAGUCCUGCCUCUAUACAUGGAUAAUGAAAACUGCAAUUACCAAUAGUUCAAUGAGUUCCCCAAAAGGUGCCACAACAAAUACAAAGUGAAAAAAAACGCCUGUGCAUGCAAGCAAUUCCACAUCCAGCACUUCCCAACAUCUCACUGGAAGUUAUAUUUUAGCAUAUUGGGAGGUGCCCAACACAUGACCACAAAGGGUUAGAUGUUCCCACUGUAGUCAGAACCACACAAUAUAGAUAAAUACAUAAGUUUUGCCCCAUAUUCCCCACAAGCCAUUGUUCAAUGAAGCCUAUAUUUCUUUUAAUAGACGCUUGGUGUUUUGAUUUCAAAUUGCAGCCAUGCUGUAAUGAGGUGCUUGCAGGCACUGAGAGGCAGUGCUCGAUGUAGGUUUUUCAGUCAUGCUAGUGGUGAGUUUGAGAAUUUAAACAUACUAAUUUCCCAAAAUCACGGGGGCUCUGAUGAUUGUCACCCCUCCUGUGGGCAAAAAAGGAAACUGCAAGCCACCAAGUCCAUACAACUUCUCUAUACUUAACCAGGCACUGCUACUCAAAAAAAGAUCAGUUAGAAAUGAACAGUAAUCAAACAAAUGCUUCUAAUUAUCACUUCUUCAGUUAAAGCUGCUAUUUCAAGCAAUUUAUACUUGGGUGACAUGUAGCGACAAUGCAGUUUUCUUUGUUACUAACAGUUCGUAGUGUUUUGCAAAUGACAUUAUUGAAGAACCUUGUCGCAUACAGCUGACAUUGUCUAAACAUUCGGCAUUCUGUCCGAGCCCUUGGUGCAGACAUUUUAUUAUUUAUUUAAAAAUACCUAACAGAGCCCAAGCGAGGCAGAAUAAAAGAAGCAAUUCACUGCCAGGAUAAUUUUCUUGCCAGAAAAUUGAAAUACUUGUUCUGUGGUACCAGUCAAUGUUGGUUAAUUACUACAUGUUCGGUGAAGACCAGCUUCUGAGCAGUACCCACAGCCAUCCCUAUUGAGAAAAAACUUCUCAGCUUAUGAAGCAGGCAUCAAGCAAAAUAGGCACAUGUAAAACAAGGAGCUGUAUAAUUGUUCAGCUUAUUGUGUUCAGAGUGCCUUUUCUAUGGAAGCUGAAAAUUAAUUUCCGUACACAUUAGCUUGUGCUAGAGAGAGCUCAGAGCAAAGGAGCUGAAUUGUAGUGCCAGAGCCAGAUAGGCGGUCAGAGCAAUGCUCCUACCCGGACAGAGUGCUGAACGUGACCCUCAAAAAUGCGAAAAGCGUGAAAAGGCAUCAGCACUGAAAAAAAGCAUUGCUACAAAAUAGUGAGCCAAGUCUCUUAACUGGCCCAGUUGCAAGGGUAGCCAAUGUUGUGUCUCCGGUGUCAAUCGGUAUCCUAGCAAUUGUUUCCUCCUUCCAGCUCAACAUUCUGCCUCAGCUUUAAAAAGUUUCCACCAUAACACAUAGUGUUGAUAAAUGUAUAGCAGUACAAGACAGCAUAUCAAGUUCCAUCUUUGCUUUGAUAAGCAAGGCUUUUUGGCACGCUAUUUGUCAAGAUUAGAGUCGUAUCACUGUCCUCAGAUCAGCAAUAGCACUAUGUGACUGCUCUACAUAAGCAAAAGAUAGGUGACAUACAAUGUAUAAAAGGACCGCUUAGCUGAAAUUGGGAGUAAUAAUUUAAUCACAUCUUUGCAACAACACCUGAUGGGCUUGCCAUGGCGAAGACUGGUUAUUCGAAAAACAUUUUCAAAUAAAGCCAACGUAGUGGACACCAAAGAAAAAUUGACAUGACUUAGAAAUUUACAUAUGGUGAACAUAUCCAACAUGCUCUAUGUAUGUGGUGAAAGCCUGCCAUUGUACAAACCACCAUAACUGUGCAGUUUUGUACAAUAACAUUGUUUAUUAAAGAGACACUAAAGAGAAAAUGAUUUCUUCUGCAUCGGUAAACUACCUUUCUAUGACACCGAAAACACCACUCUUACUACGAUAAGAGUCUUGGUAAGCCAGAAAAAUCGUAAAAACGAAAGACGGGUGGCGACGCCUCCUUGAAGUUCCCGCACCUGGUCACUGUGACGUCAUAGAUUUUGAUGGCAUCUUCUAGGGCCUACUUAGUUAUAUAGUGCUACAGAUUGACUACAUUGUGUUCUAAAUGAACCAAAUAUUAAACAUGGCAAGUUUCGGGAACCUUUACUCAGCCAAUGCCGCCCAAAUGCGAAAACAUACUUCAGAAUCCCUGACGUCGCACUGACGUACUGGCAUCUGGGUUUCGGCACGAAAUUCAAAUACUGAUACUUCGACCUUCAUUUUUUCAUCUAAUAAUCAAACUAUUAUUUUGAAAUGACUGCCUGCAAGGUUCUCAAACAAUGCUUUAUUAGUCUAAACUGAUUUAUUAUUUCGCUUUAGUGUCCAUUUAAGUGGCUUAUAUCAGAUUUUUAUAUUCUUUGCCUACCAUCAGCAGCAGCACGUUUAUCAGAAUAAAUAUGAUUAUUUCUU